AUGUCUCCAAGUCUCUCGCAGAAGUAUCUGAGCACCCGUGGUGCCGAGUAUGGGGUCGGCUUCGAAGCUGCCGUGCUUCAAGGCCUUGCGAAAGACGGCGGUCUCUUUGUCCCUGAGGAGAUCCCUACCCUGCCUUCCUCAUGGAAAGAAGACUGGAAGGAUUUGAGCUUCGAGGAUUUGGCAUUCCAGAUUGCUUCUCUUUAUAUCUCGUCCUCCGAAAUUCCCUCCGACGACCUCAAGGAUAUCGUUAAGCGAUCAUACGCAACCUUUCGCCACCCAGAACGUACGCCGCUGGUAGACUUGGAGUCUUCCCGGGAUCCUUUCAUUCUCGAGCUGUUCCAUGGUCCUACUUUUGCUUUCAAAGAUGUGGCUCUACAGUUCCUGGGCAACCUAUUCGAGUACUUCCUAGUAAGGAAGAACAAAGGCAUUGAGGACCCCAAGAAGAGACAUCACUUAACCAUUGUUGGCGCUACUUCGGGCGACACAGGCUCUGCGGCCAUUUACGGUGUGCGCGGAAAGAAGGAUGUGUCAUGUUUUAUUCUUUUUCCAAAUGGCAGGGUAUCACCGAUCCAACAAUUACAAAUGACGACCGUUCUCGACUCCAACAUCCACAACUUGACUGUGGAUGGAUACUUCGACGACUGCCAGAAUAUCGUUAAGGAGCUCUUCGCUGAUCCCGAGCUGAACUCUACCCACAACAUUGCUGCAGUGAACUCCAUCAACUGGGCCCGCAUCCUUGCCCAGCAAACCUAUUACUUCUACGCCUAUUUCUCGCUCAUCAAGUCUCCCAAGUAUAACAAGGCAUCAAGCCCCCGUAUCGUUGUCCCCAGCGGAAACUUCGGUGACAUCCUGGCCGGAUUCUUCGCCAACCGCAUGACUGGCAGCGAAUUAGCCAGCAAGCUUGUCAUUGCAACCAACGAGAACGAUAUCCUCGAUCGCUUCUUCCGCAGCGGCGGCCAUUACACCAAGAAGGCCAUCGGCGCCGAAACCGACACCGUGAAGGAAACCCACAGCCCCGCCAUGGACAUCCUCGUCAGCAGCAACUUUGAGCGUCUGCUCUGGUAUCUCGCCUUUGAAUCCGACAGCGCCAGCUCCGUCGAAGAGCGCCGCAAGCACGCCUGCGAGAGCGUGGCCACCUGGCUGAGCCAGCUCAAGUCGCAAGGCGGCUUCCAAGUGCCCGCCGCCGUCCUCGACGGCGCCAAGGCCGAAUUCGAGAGUGAGCGCGUCUCCAACGACGAGACUAUCGCCACCAUCCGCGACGCCUACGUCACCUGCUUCCCCAAGAACGUGGGUGCUGGCAGCGCAAAGAGCUCCAAGACUGGCGGUUAUAUCCUGGACCCCCACACUGCUGUCGGUGUGGCUGCGUCGCGCCGCUCUAUUCAGCGGAACCCGGGGGUUAGCCAUAUCUCGCUUUCGACGGCCCACCCGGCUAAGUUUGCUAGUGCGGUUGACCUGGCUCUGAGGGGUCAGGAUGGAUAUAGCUUUGAGGAGAUUCUGCCACAGGAGUUUGUGGGGCUGGAAACGCGGGAGACUCGCUCCAUUCCUGUGCCCACGGGGGCUGGGUGGAAGGGUGUGCGGGAUAUCGUUGUCAAGGAGGUUGAGAAGGAGCUUCAGCACUAG